CAUGAGCCGGCCGGAAAGAAUUCCAUACAGAAUCUUCUGAAACUCUUCGCACUAAUCACCAGCCGGCUCUUCUUCGAUUUUGUUCUUUUUCAUUCUUGUUUUUCAAUAAGAUAAAUUUCAUGGGUCCUAUAAGUAGUUCCUGCAUUGUUGCAGAACAACCAAAAUAAUUUUUCGAUCCUUUUUUGUUACAUUGCCAUGAUGAGAUCUUCCGCUCUAAUCGCGCUCCUCUUCUUGUCAAGCUUUGCUUUAGCAAGUAAUGCUGCCACCUCUGUUGCAAAGCAUUACAUAGUUUACAUGGGGCCCCACUCCCAUCCCGACUCGGAAUCUGUGAUCAGAGCAAACCAUGAGAUGCUAUCUUCAGUAACUGAAAGUCUUGAUGAAGCACAGACUUCAGUGGUUCACCACUACAGCAAAAGCUUCCAGGGCUUCUCGGCUUUGCUUACACCUGAACAAGCUGAACAACUUUCCGGGAAGGGCGGAGUCAUCUCCAUCUUUGAGAGCAGGAUGAUACAACUGCACACGACUCAUUCCUGGGAAUUCCUAGGAGUGAAUUCCCUCCAGUAUGAAGGCCAAAUGCCCUCAGGUUCAAUGUUCGAUGUAAUUGUCGGCGUGAUCGACACUGGACUUUGGCCUGAAUCCCGAAGUUAUGAUGAUACAGGAGUAGGCCCUGUUCCGGAAAGGUUUAGGGGUGAAUGCAUUCCAGGAGAGAAUUUUACUUCAGCUCACUGCAACAGAAAGAUCAUAGGUGCAAGGUACUAUUACAAAGGGUUUGAAGCCGAUGAGGGGCCCCUUGAGUCAUUUAACCAGACGUUCUUCCGGUCAGCACGGGACGGUGAUGGGCACGGGAGCCACACGAGCUCAACAAUUGCCGGGUCUGUGGUCGAUGAUGUUAGCCUGUAUGGGCUGGGCCGAGGGACCGCGAGGGGUGGGGCUCCACACGCCCGACUGGCCAUGUACAAGGCCUGUUGGUUCAACCUUUGCAGUGAUGCUGAUAUUUUGGCAGCUAUGGACGAUGCGAUAAGUGAUGGAGUCGAUAUACUCUCCCUCUCUCUCGGCCCUAGUCCUCCUCAGCCUAGUUAUUUCCACAACACAAUCUCAAUUGGAGCGUUUCACGCAUUCCAGAAAGGCAUUCUCGUCUCUGCAUCAGCGGGGAACUCCUUUUUUCCACGAACUGCAACUAAUGUUGCUCCAUGGAUACUAACUGUGGCCGCUAGUACAGUGGACCGAGAGUUCACCACGAACAUAUAUCUCGGGAACUCAAAAAUUGUAAAGGGUUACUCUCUGAAUCCUUUCAAAAUGGGAACUUCUUGUGGGCUAAUAGCAGGGGGUGCUGCAGCAGCUCUCGGGAUUCCGUCAAAGAAUGCAAGCUACUGCAAGAACAGUACUUUAGAUCCAAUUUUGGUUAAGGGAAAAAUUGUGGUCUGCACCCUGGAAGAAUUGACAGACAAUCGGAGGGAGAAGGCCAACACUGUAAAGACCGCAGGAGGAAUCGGAGUAGUUCUUGUGGAUCCGCUUGCCAAAGAUGUCGGGUUUCAGUUUGCAAUCCCAGGUUCUGUAAUCACUCCAUUAGGAGCAGCAGAGCUUCAAGCGUAUCUUACAACAGAAAGGUAUCCAACUGCUCAAAUUGUUCCGACAACAACUGUCCUGCAAACGAGGCCAGCGCCAACAAUGGGGAUGUUUUCUUCGAUGGGACCGAACAUCAUAACACCAGAUAUCAUCAAACCUGAUAUAACUGCACCAGGAAUCAACAUUCUGGCUGCGUGGUCUCCUGUUGAAACCAUAGCCACAUCAGGUCGAGCUGUUGACUAUAACAUAAUAUCAGGAACAUCGAUGUCGUGCCCGCAUGUGUCCGCCAUUGCAGCGAUCCUAAGAUCUGCCCAUCCUUCUUGGAGCCCUGCAGCAAUUAAGUCCGCAAUAAUGACAACAGCAACUCCCAUGGACAACAGUAAGAAACUCAUUGGAAAGAACCCGAACGGCUCUGAGACCACACCCUUUGACUAUGGUUCGGGCCACGUGAACCCUGCUGCCGCGCUGGACCCAGGCCUUAUCUAUGACUUCGACUCCGCCGACGUGAUCAACUUCCUAUGCAGCCUCGGUGCCGGCCCUUUGGAGCUCAAGAACCUGACUGGGGAGCUGCUCUCCUGCCCAAAGAAUCUGACCCCGUCCUACGACCUUAACUACCCUUCAAUUGGAGUGGCCAAUAUGAGUGGGAGCUUAUCGGUCCAUCGAACAGUCACUUACUAUGGUCAGGGUGCUGCGGUUUACAGUUCAUAUGUAGAGUAUCCGGCUGGUGUGAAGCUCACUGUGAAUCCUCCUCAGCUUAAGUUCUCACAGGCAGGGGAGAAGUUGACCUAUAGGAUAGAUUUUACUCCCUACCAGAGCAGCAAUGGGAGCUUUGUGUUCGGGUCAUUGACAUGGAGCAAUGGUGUGCACCAGGUCCGGAGUCCUAUUGGCCUCAACGUGGUCUCAGUCUCCAACAGAGACUGAGGAAUACUGUAAUUUUCUUCGAACUGGUAGUAAAGCUUUCCACCGUAAUUUCAUAAUGAUUUCAUUUCUAGUGUCUGUAGCAAUGACAUGGAAAUUGCAUAACAAAGCUUCAGACAUUCAAUAUUACAUAGAAUACGACAA